AUGUCUUCACACACGAACGGUGCCAACGGGCACGCCAAUGGCCACCACAAGACUGAGAACACGUCUACCACCACCCUAGCAGAUAUACCAAAAUCUCACAUCUUCACCUCCAAACUCCCAGCAGAUCCCCAAUUCCCUACGCCACUAGACUCCCAUCGCGCUCCACGCCAGAAACUUGGACCUCGAAUGGUGCGAUCUGCGCUGUUUACAUAUGUACGUCCCGAACCGACAGAGGAACCAGAGUUGUUGGCAGUGAGCAAGGCAGCACUGCGAGAUAUCGGACUCGCUGAGAGUGAAGCGGAAUCUGAAGAACUCAAGCAAGUUGUGGCUGGAAAUAAGAUCUACUGGGACGAGAACAAGCCCGAGGAGGGCAUCUAUCCUUGGGCGCAAUGCUACGGGGGCUUCCAGUUCGGCUCCUGGGCGGGCCAACUAGGCGACGGACGAGCGAUGUCCUUGUUCGAAACCACGAAUCCGGACACCGGCGUGCGGUACGAAGUGCAACUGAAAGGCGCAGGAAAAACACCCUACUCACGUUUUGCCGAUGGAAAGGCCGUCUUGAGGAGUUCAAUCCGCGAGUUCGUUGUCUCGGAAUAUCUCAACGCGAUUGGAAUCCCCACAACGCGGGCUUUAUCGUUGACGCUGUGUCCGAAGAGUGAGGUCGUCAGAGAGCGUCUUGAACCUGGCGCGAUUGUGUGCCGCUUUGCGCAGAGUUGGGUCCGGUUCGGAACCUUUGACCUCCUCCGUUCGCGAGGCGAUCGAGACCUCACCCGUAAAUUGGCCACUUAUGUCGCGGAAGAUGUUUACGGUGGGUGGGAGAAUCUCCCGGCCGCCUUGCCGUCCCUCGAGGACAACAAAGAAGCUCAUCUCGACCCUGCUCGAAAUGUCCCUAAGGACGCAAUCCAAGGAAAAGAAGGCGCUGAAGAAAACCGUUUCACCCGCCUGUACCGUGAGAUCACACGGCGCACUGCCCUCCUGGUCGGCAAGUUGCAGGCAUACGGGUUCAUGAACGGGGUGCUCAACACGGACAAUACUUCUAUCCUCGGACUGUCACUAGACUACGGCCCCUUUGCGUUCAUGGAUAACUUUGAUCCUGCUUACACGCCGAACCACGACGACCAUAUGCUUAGAUAUUCCUACAGGGCACAGCCGAGCGUGUUCUGGUGGAAUCUAGUACGCUUGGGCGAGGCGCUUGGGGAACUAAUUGGCGCGGGCGAUAGAGUCGACGACGAAAUCUUCGCAACCAAGGGUGUGGAAGAAGAGUUUGCGCCUGUUCUCAUCAAGCGCGCGGAAACCAUCAUCGAUCAAUGCAGCGACGAGUACAAGGCCGUAUUCCUCAGCGAGUACAGACGCCUUAUGACGGCGCGACUGGGUCUCAAAAACCAGAAGGAAAGUGACUUUGAGAAGCUCUUUUCCGAGCUUUUGGACACGAUGGAGGCACUGGAGUUGGACUUCAACCACUUCUUUCGCCGCCUAAGUUCUGUCAAGAUGAGUGAUGUUGAGACCAAGGAAGGUAGAGAGCAGACGGCAGAACGCUUCUUCCACCACGGUGGGGUCACUGGCUUGAACGAGACGAAUGAGUCGGGCCGCGAAAAGAUCGGCGCCUGGCUGGAUCAAUGGAGGCAGCGCAUCAUCGAGGACUGGGACGGCGAGGACGCCGACUCCCAACGGUGUGAAUCGAUGAGAAGAGUGAACCCCAACUUCGUCCCGCGAGGCUGGUUGCUCGACGACAUCAUCGAUCGUGUGCAGAACAAGAAGGAAAGGGACAUACUCAAGGGCGUAAUGGAGAUGACAUUACACCCGUUUGAGGAUGGCUGGGGAUGGAAUGAAGACGUGGAAGAGAAGUACUGUGGUGAUGUGCCCCGGUUUAGAAGGGCCAUCCAAUGCAGUUGUUCGUCGUGA